AGAAGCCGUACGAGCAGACCUAACACAUCGCCGCACAUCUCGCCCUGUGCUUACACGAUUUGCGAGGACUUUCACGACACCUCGGGCGCUCGAUAAGAAGUCAUCUCAUCUAUGUUACUGUAGACCAUUUUAUCCUCGUGUUAGUUACAUUUUAAAUGUAGCAGGGGCGCAUGGAGUCGGCGUCGAAAAGGUCGAUGAGGUGUCUUGCGGACAAGAGAUCAUCCAGCUAAUGUUAGCUAGCCGCAGCCAGCCACGGAUUGACCGGUGUGGAUUUGAGGGUGGAGAGGCUCGGUGCUGCUGCCCACUCUACUGACGGACGGACGGACGGACAUUGGUAUUAACCUGAACAAUGGGCCUCAUAUUCGCCAAACUGUGGAGCUUCUUCUGUAAUCAAGAGCACAAGGUGAUCAUAGUUGGACUAGAUAAUGCAGGGAAAACCACUAUCCUCUACCAGUUUUUGAUGAAUGAGGUGGUGCACACAUCACCCACUAUCGGGAGCAAUGUGGAAGAAAUAGUGGUGAAGAACACUCACUUCCUGAUGUGGGAUAUAGGAGGGCAGGAGUCUCUCAGGUCCUCCUGGAACACCUAUUACUCCAACACAGAGUUCAUCAUUCUGGUGGUGGACAGCACAGACAGAGAGCGGCUGGCCAUCUCCAAAGAGGAGCUCUACAGGAUGCUGGCUCACGAGGACCUGCGGAAAGCAGCUGUGUUGAUAUUUGCCAAUAAGCAGGAUAUGAAGGACUGUAUGUCUGCAGCGGAGAUCUCCAAAUACCUCACCCUGAGCUCCAUCAAGGACCACCCCUGGCACAUACAGUCCUGCUGUGCACUUACAGGAGAGGGUUUAUGCCAAGGACUUGAGUGGAUGACCUCGAGGGCUGGACUCAGAUAGCCCCUCCCCCAGCCAUUGACGGCCUGACUACCUGCACCACCCACACGGUGGCACAACAGCUUGUCCUUACUGGCUUAUUGUUACUUUUUAUUUUUUUAAUGAUGAAUUUUAAUGGACUCUGACCUCUGGCACAGGACGGGAGCACUGACCCCCUCCACAGCUCAACUGUUGCAGGGGAGCAGCUGGAAACGUGACCAGAACUAAUGAAACCACCUGGUUGUGGAACGAGAAGUCGCUUUUAUACAGUAAAGGAGGAGAAGAAAAUCAUUUCAGCAGGACUCAAGUCAAGAGUAAGUCCAAGUGCAAAGCAGGGCGGCACUGGAUGCUCAUUUACACUCAUACAUAUCAUGCUACAACACACGUCAUAUCAAGAGUAUGCCACAAACACCAUGUCGGUGCCCAGCUUUGGGAAAUAUGGUGCAGCUCUAUUGUUAUUUUUCACCUCUAUAUAAGUUUGUUCAUGUUCAGGUGAAAACUGAGGGAUUACAAGCAGUAUUGUAAAACCAGUUUUAAUGGGACACUAAUUGUUAUUCAGAGUAAUGUUCUCAUAUUUUUUUUUUUUUUUCAGUUCUCAUUUUUAGCACAGCUAUUAAUAAUUGUACUCAUGAUUUCAGUUUCAUAAGCUACAUUGUUGGUGGUUAUCCUCACAAAGAUUUAUUGGUGCCGUAUUGAAAUGUGGUCAAAUAUGAACCUCCCUUCCUGUUACCUUGGAGCCUGGUUGUUAUUGAGCCAAAUGGUGUCGAUCCAGAGUGUUGGCAUGCAAACGUUUUCUUAAAACUCACCCUUUGGAACAAACGGAAAUUACUCUUGCCAUUUAUUUACCUAAGCAUUGAAUGGCUGAAACUUUAUUAUUUCAAAUGCAGGUACAAAGCUCAGUUUUAAUAACAGUAUUUUUAAACACUGUUUUGUCAGUGAUGCAUUAUGAUUUUUAUUUAAUUUUAUUUUUUGCUUUUUGUCCAUCAUACAGUUACAAUACUUGAUCCUCAGCCUUAACCAUGCUGUUCUGAGUGUCUGGAGGACUGUAUGUGUGUGAAUCUCACAGUCUGCUCCUGACUUUUACCCUCUUUGAUCCUGUGUAAGAGUCCAUGAGUAAAAGAUCUAUGCACGUGUCACUUUGAAACCAUGUAUAGCAAGAUCCACAGUGGCCAAAAGCAGGAAGUGCAUGAGUUUCAUUGAACUGGUGUCAUCUUGGUCAGGGAGGUGCCUCUGGGUCUCUAGGUGUUUUUGUUGUGGGACAAGGUAUUUUUACAUGUAACAGGAAAAAGGACGAACUUGCAGCCCCCACACUCUUUACAGCGUUAAAGUUUACAGCUUUGACCUUGAUCUCACAAAGCAAGGGAACUGAUCAUGUGCUCUCAGUGUGGUGGCGUCUAGUCUGGGUCACGUACUGUAUUUGCUUUGGGUUUGUUUUGUUUGUUUUUUUUCAAUUA